AAAGCAUAAUUGAGGGCAGAUUUUCCAUAGUAGCCAUGAUAUUUUAUCAAAUUGUUUGCAUCUUCAGUGGUGGGUAGAAAAUUCUGAGGAAUGUCAGACUUGUGCAUAUAUCAGUUCUGCACCAAGCUGGGCCCAAGAGAGUUCUGGAGUUCUAAGCUGUAACCAUCGGAACCAAUGGAACACAGGUCCCUCCAUGCAAACUAGGGGAAUCUGUACCUUCAGAUCUUCUCUCGUAUUGCUAAUGAGAAAAUAUUGUUAUGCCUUCGCCAACCAAACUACCGGAUGUCUGGAUCUUGUCCGUCGAAGUUGGUUAGCUCCACCCUUUUUACCGAUAAAGUGGAGUCAUCCAACAUUGUGACAUUUGCAGAAGUAUCGGUUGAAUGCUAGAGCUGUUCCCAGUUUGAGGAGUUCUGUUCGAAGUAUUGCCUUCGUCUGUAAUCCCCUUUCCACGAACCAAAGAAGUCAACAAUGAUGUUAACCUUGCAAACUUUUGAUCCUGGUAUGCUUUCAUCGGAAGUAGCUUCUGUUCUUGAUCCAUCUUCAUGGCAGCCAGUAACUCUUCAAUGCUGCCCAGGUUCCUCUCUAUCACAUCUACUCUUCCCUCCAUUCUAGUUUUGGUCAUGGGUGGGGAGGGAUCCAGCAAAUCCAACCAAUUUGAUAGAGCUAGGAACUAGAAAAAGGGUUUAAGCUCAAGAAAUAAUAGAAAACUGGGUUUUAUUAAUACCCAAGCAGGAGUAUCUCAAUACAAAAUCAAUCCUUCUAUAAAAACUCAAUAAGGAAAUAAACCAGGAGAGUUCCUUCCGUUCUAGCUCAAGCUAGCCAGCAAAGAUGCUCACAGAAAAAUGAGGAAAAUCACUCCUACUCACCAAAUUUCAGACUACUAUUAUUUAAAUACAAGAGCGUUUCUCGGGAGGACAACCUCUCCAGAGAAUCCCUCUAACAGCAUAACUAAGAAUAUUCCUUCUCAUUUGUCUCUUACUUUUCUAGAGAUACCAGCUGUCCGGUUCCAGAACCUGCCCUUGGGCCCUCCAUUUUUCUAAACUUCUUCCUAAAAUAAACCUUCGGCUUCCUUGGGCCUGGACUUGCAGCACUCUUGCUAUCAGAAAAGUUUGAUGAUAAUGUGUGGGAUGAAUUUAGUGAGACUGACGACCAUAUAGUACCUCAUCCUGCUGAGGAAUGUGAGGAUCAAUUUAGAGUUCACAGUGAUAAGAAACCAAGGCUCGAAGUAAUUGGCGUUUUGAGUAAUGCUGGUGAUGCUACAUGCACACAGAGAAAAGAGGAAACUAGCUUGCUUACCCUGACCAAGAAAGAUAGGAUGCUAGAUAAGGGCUCAUGGUCUCAUGCACCUGAUGGUGCUUUUCCUGCUUCUUGUGAUAGUGGCCCAGUCAAAGAGUUGUCAAGUAUUGCCUCUGAAGAAACAGGAGCAUCCUAUCACUUCUUGAAAAUUGGGAAUACUGAUUCAGUUGGUAGCGAGUUUUGUUCUGAUGAUCCUAUCUUGGAUGACAAGAGUGGUGCAGACAAUACUGACAGACAUCGUUUUCCACUCAGUCACAUGUCUCAGACAGACGAUGGUCUUAACUUUUUUGACAAUGAUCAUGAAGAUAAAGAAAACAGUGAUCUACUAUAUUACGGGUGGCCUGAUGACAUUGGGAAUUUUGAAGAUGUUGACAGGAUGUUUAGAAGCUGUGAUUCAACAUUUGGGUUGGGGAGUCUCAGUAAUGAGGAUGACUUGUGCUGGUUUUCUUCAUCUCGAUCUACCGGAGCAUCUGAAGAUGCAUUAAAGUUGGGUUCUAAGUUUUCAAGUUCUAAGGCAAGUGUGUUGAAUUGCAUAUCAGAACGUCACGAUGCUUGUAGUCUAAACAAUGCUGAUGCUUCUGUCAAUGAUUCAAAUAAGGAAUCUCUAGUAACAGGUGACAAAAUACGUUCCAAUACUGCUGGUGCUGCUGAAAAUUCUGCCUUUAGUCGCAUGCAAUUUCCAAAUGGAUCAGAUGCAAAAUCUGUUAGCAAGAAUGAGUUGAUGCUUAAUAAGCAGAUUAAUAGCCAUAGAAGUCAGGCAAGGUACCGGAACUGUUCAGAAGGACAGGGAGAAGAACAAAGUAUGGAUAAUGGUGGUCCUUUCCAUCAUAAUGGCAACUUAAAGCAAUUUACAGAUACAGAGUGCUCACUUACUGGUAACUUAGAGCAAUUUGCAGAUGUGCAAUGUUCGCUUGGGGAUACAUCUCAGCAAGUUUUCCCUCCUGGUGUUCAGCAACAUAAACAAAACACAGUUUCAGAUUCCUUGAAUCACUUGCAGGCACAUACUCGAUGUAUGCAUAUGGACUAUGGUCGUUCUUCAAAUCAAACCUGUGUCGGUCCAAAUCAAUCUGGAAUUGGAUCUGAAAGUAGUGGCCUCCCAUCUCCCUCUCCAAAGGAGUCUUCAUUUGAAUCAAAUCAAGUGCAAUCCAUGGACAGUUUACACAGUCCCUCAUUACAGGCUCCUGCUGUAUCAACCAAGAAGAGGGAAAGGGUACAUCAUAACCAGGAUUUACAAGUUCCAUAUGCUAGGAAUUUCAAAUGUGCAAAUGUUGCAAGUCCAGCAGCAUUUUAUGAUUCAGUUCAGAAUCAAGCGUGUCAAUCUGGAUAUGAGGUUGAAAGUCACAGUGAAAUUGAAGGAGUUAACAUUGGGAUUCCAGCAGAACUAGAUUCUUCAAAUGCUCAGGAAAGCUCCUGCAUGAGCUCUGUGUUGGAUGAAAUCUCACUAGAAGCAACUAGUUUUCGUCAGCUUCAACGGGUCAUGGAACAGUUGGACAUUAGGACAAAACUGUGUAUAAGAGAUAGUCUCUAUCGCUUGGCUAGGAGUGCUGAACAAAGGCAUAAUUGUGAUGGUGGUAAGAAAGAUGAUAGACACGCCAAUGAUCCAUUGAUGGGUGAAGAAACAAACAAGUGCACAGGGUUUCUUGAUAUGGAAACUGAUACAAAUCCCAUAGAUCGAUCCAUAGCCCAUUUACUGUUUCACAGGCCGUCUGAUCCAUCUGUGAUGCCUGUGAAUGAUCCUUCGUCUCUCAAGUCUCAUGCCAUGGUUCAUGGGUCUGUAACGAGUGCACCUAUGAUAACCAAGGAACAAGUUUGCCAGGACGAAACUGCCAGCGGUGCAGGUGAAAGCUUGUUAACGAGUGGCAAUAAAUAACAAGUAUUUAACAUGCCUCACUUCACUUGUUGUAGAAUAUGUCUAUUGUUUUUGGAUUAUUGGACACCAUGAUGUAUAAUAGCCAUCCAUGAGGCUCCAACAUAGAGAUACCGUUCAAUUCUUUGUUGGGAUCCUCAUCUCAUCAUCUCUCAGAUGUGUAAUCAACUUUGAUGUUUAUACUUGGAAUGUCUUAACACGCUUACCUAUUUAACUGCCUAUUUACAGAGGUUUUGUUUUUGUUGCAAUUAUCAUGUGGACUGUAAUAACAUGCCCGUUUUAGUCUUGUUUUGUGGAUA